CCAGACCAGGUUCGUACUUAAUAAUUAUCUUUCUUCAGUCAACAUCAAGAUCUUAAAUUUAUCCAACAAACAAGGACGAAAUACGAAUCAUAUCAUGAAGUUUCCCCAACCCGUUUUACUUCUACAUCUUGAAUAUUCAGCUCCAAUCUGAACACCCAAACAUGGCAGGAAAAGACUCCGGGGAGCAGGAGAAUGGGGAUGAAGCCAUCGUAAGCAUCAAUACACAAGUCAACGAAGAACGCAUCCAAUUGAUGCAAAAAAAGCUCUCGGAAUCGCCGCGAUUACUCAGCAAGUCCGCCGGCAGGAGGUGUUGCUGCAUUUUCCGGGCACCCCAGAGCUUCGUCGACGUCAACAUCCGGUCGUAUCAACCUCACAUAUGCUCCAUCGGCCCGUACCACCACGGGAAGCCGCAGCUGCAGAUGAUCGAGGAGCACAAGUGGAGAUUUCUGGCGUUAUUGGUGGAGAGGACGACGGAGAAGAAAGGUUUGACUUUGGUGGACUACUUCCAGGCAGUCAAGGCUGUUGAAGCAAAAGCUAGAGAAUGCUAUUCUGAGGCUAUCCCGCUCGAUAGCGAUGAGUUUGUAGAGAUUUUGGUUCUUGAUGGUUGCUUCAUUGUUGAACUCUUUCGCAAAAUGGGAAGGGUGAUUCCCUUUGAGGAAGAGGAUCCAUUCAUAUCCAUGUCAUGGAUAUUCCCUUGUCUUCUCCGGGACUUUAUCCGCCUCGAGAACCAAAUACCCUUUUUCGUGCUCCAACUCUUGUUUGAUCUUACGAAAAUGCCAGACGAAAAGUCGGGUUCCUUGUCCAUGAUGACGCUCACCUUCUUUAACCACACAUUGCAAAGACCUAAUGAGAUUUUACAUAAGCUCGAAAAUGUGGAAGGGCUACAUUUACUCGAUUUUCUCCGGUCAAGUUACAUCCCGCCUGUUCUUGAAGACCUCGGCGUGAUCAAAUCGGAAUCCCCUAGCCAUGUAAUCCAUUGCAUCUCGAAGCUGCGCCGAGCCGGAAUCAAGCUGAAGCCAGGAAAAGAAGACAGUUUCCUGGCUAUCAGAUUUCGGCGGGGAGCGAUCGAGAUGCCUCCGAUCACUAUAGACGACUUCAUGAUUGCGUUCUUGCAGAACUGUGUGGCGUACGAGCAAUGCCGCGCGGGGCCGUGCGGCAAUCACGUGACAACGUACGCCACAUUAUUGGACUGCCUCAUAAACACGUACAAGGACGUGGAAUAUUUGUGUGAUUCCAAUAUUUUCGAGAAUUAUUUCGGGACGGAAGGAGAAGUGGCUACCUUUGUUAAUAGGCUAGGGAAGGACGUGAUGUUCGAUAUCGAUACAUGUUACUUGUCGCAAUUGUUUGAUGAAGUGAACCAAUAUUACAGGAACAGUUGGCAUGUUCAAUGGGCCAGCUUCAAAUACACCUACUUCAACUCCCCUUGGUCCUUCAUCUCUGCCUUGGCUGCUUUUGUUCUUCUGGUUCUCGCCAUCGUCCAGGCCCUUUACGCCAUUUUGGCUUAUGUUAAGCCUCCUGGUAGUUAGUCGUCCACUGAUUUAUUCUUUUAAGUAAAAUAUUCCAACCAUUUCUUAUGAAUGUCACAUUUUAUGGACUAGUUCAAUAAUUAAUAGAGUUAUAAGUAGAGAACAUGUAAGUGUGUAAUUGGGUGAAGUACAAGCUAUUUUUGUUUCAAUUCGGAUCAACGGAAUCUUUUGUUUAAUUGAGACGAGAUGAAUACUAAGGUGUUAGGAUGUGUUAAGACUUUUGUGGUCUGAAUAAUACGUAGUACUAGUCAAC